AUGUCACAGGAAUAUAAGUUGAAGGGGGUUACCUCACUCGCCCUGCAGCCCGGCGAGAAGCAGGAGGUGGAAGUUGAAGGCCUCGAGGCCAAGGUGCUGCUUCUCAACGCCGGCGGGACGAUGCAAGCGGUCGGGCCCAAGUCUUGUUUCAACGCAAAGACCGGCGAUGUUGAAGAUGCCCCCGCUCUGAAUGCUCUCCCCGUCUUCAAAACCGUCGAGCGCGAUGGUUCCGUUUACAUAACCGGAGACGCCGAGACGAUCAAGCGAGGGCACCGCACCCCUAGUUUCAAGGGCAGUGCUGCGGGCGGCGACAAAACUGUAGUUGUGGGAGGGGGGUCGGGGGCGCUGGGCACCAUUGAAGGCCUGCGCGGAGGUGGCUACCAAGGAGGUAUCACACUUAUUUCGAACGAGGGCUACCUGCCCAUCGACAGACCGAAGCUCAGCAAGGCCUUGAUGACGGAUCUCGCAAAGCUACAAUGGAGGGACGACGGUUGGUACAAGAGCCGCAACGUAGACAUCGUCCACGACGAGGUCACCGGCGUCGACUUUGCAACCAAGACUGUUAGGACCAAAUCUGGAGCGGAAUUUGCUUACAAUAAACUCGUCCUCUCCACUGGUGGGACGCCCAGGCAGCUGCCGCUGCAAGGGUUCAAGGACCUGGGCAACAUCUUCACGCUGCGAAACGUCCACGACGCCAAGAAGAUCGUUGGCGCGAUCGGGGACAAAGGCAAAAAGAUUGUUGUUAUUGGGUCGUCCUUCAUUGGCAUGGAGAUCGCCGUGGCCACGUCCAACGGGAAUGACGUGACGGUCGUGGGUAUGGAGAAGGCGCCGCUCGAACGUGUCCUCGGCGACAGGGUAGGCAAUAUCAUCAGGAAAGGUGUCGAGAGUAAGGGCGUCAAGUUUUACAUGUCAGCGGGUGUCGAGAAAGCCGAGCCAUCGACGUCCAACCCCUCAAACGUUGGUUCGGUUCAUCUGAAGGACGGCACGACACUUGAGGCAGACCUCGUCAUCUUGGGUGUCGGUGUUGCGCCCGCGACGGAAUACCUCAAGGGCAACGACGCGGUCCAGCUCGAGAAAGACGGGAGCUUGAAAGUGGAUGACUCCUUUUCGGUGGCUAAUCUCGAGGACGUGUAUGCGAUUGGCGAUAUCGCGACACACCCUUACCGCGGCCCGGGAGGGGAGGGCAAACCCGUGCGCAUUGAGCACUGGAACGUAGCUCAAAACGCAGGCCGGGCUGCUGCAAGCCACAUUCUUCAACCAAGCCGCACACCAGAGUUUUACACGCCGGUGUUCUGGAGUGCCCUUGGGUCCCAGUUGCGGUACUGCGGGAACACGAUGGCUAGUGGCUGGGACGAUGUGGUUAUUCAGGGUGACCCAGAACAAGGGAAGUGGGUGGCGUACUAUGCAAAGGGGGAUACGGUGGUGGCAAUGGCAAGUAUGGGCAUGGAUCCGGCGAUGGCCCAGUGUGCACAGCUCAUGUCACUCCACAAGAUGCCCAGCAAGGCCCAACUGCAGGGCGGUUUGGACGUCUUGAGUGUUGGGCCGCCGCAGCCACCAAGCCGUCUCCAAACCUGCUUCGACUAUCCCGUGGCUCGGCUCCAGUGGUCCGACAUACACUUCUCUAAUAACUUGCUCACCCUUCAUCCGCUAGCUCAGGUCCCUGGUCCUAGAGCCGCCGCCAUCUCCAACAUUUGGCAGGCCUGUUAUGUUCGCGACGGCCGGGCCCGCGAGUUGGGGAAAACUCUUCACAAGAACUACGGCCCCGUGGUUCGUGUGGGGCCCAAUGAGGUGUGGUUUAACUGUGGAGAGGCGUUCAAGCGUAUCUACAGUGCUAGGAGCAGCUACGAGAAAUCCAACUUCUACUUGGCCACGGCCUUGAACAAGCCCCGCCUCGACUGGAAGCUCAACGCACACUUCCCGGACACACUUGACUUCCUGUCCGAGUUUGAUAUCAAGCGGUACAAAUUGCAGAGACGGCUCAGCGGGCCUUUAUAUUCGGCAUCCAACCUGAAGAAAUUUGAUUCGGCUGUCGAGGAAGUUACGAAAACCGUAGUUUCCGAGCUAAACGCCCUCGACGGUGCCGAGGUAGACCUUAAAGAGUGGAUGCACAUCAUCGCGGUCGAGUGCCUUGGAGCCGUGGUCCUCUCCUGGUCACCUAAGUAUCUGAAAAAUAGGUCGGACGGUGAUACAAGUACCCAGAGUUACCUUGGCUGGAGACGGAAAAGCGUCUUCGGGCUGUUUCCGACCGUCACGAAGAUGUCAUUUUUAUCCAAGACCCUAAGCCGAGUUUUCUCCAAUCUUUGGGGAGUGACGUUCAAAACGCCCAAGAACUUCAAACCUUUUUUCACACCUGUGUACCAGAAAACAUCGAAGCGCAUUGCCAAUGCCCUUCGUGACCCUGACCAUAAAGGUGUGGGAAAACUGUUGGGCAACGAUUUGCUAGGGGACCUCAUCCGCCUUCACCAGGAACGCCCCGACUUUAGGGAGAAUUACCUGCGCCGUCUUGCUGUAACGAAUUUUGGUGCUGGCCAUGAAACAAUGUGCUCAGCGCUUACCGCCGCAAUGGCCAUGAUUGGAACUCACACCGAAGUUUUGCGCAAAGUAGUGCAGGAAGUUCGCAAGACGGCCGGCUCACCGGCUCAUGGCAACGCUAGCACUCAGUUGCCAUAUACGCAGGCAAGUAUCAAGGAAGCCCAGCGGUUAUAUCCCGUCAUUGGAAUGUCACUUUCCCGCCGGGUUCCAGCAACUGGUUUGGUUCUUGAUGGCCGCUUCUACCCGGCCGGCACUACUGUCGGAUGCAACCCCGUCGCGUUACACCUGAACGUCGAUCUUUUCGGUGACGACGCCGGCGAGUAUCGGCCAGAUCGGUGGUUGCAAGAUGACAAUCCUCGCAUUGUCCGCGCAAUGGAAAGGACGAAUCUAACGUGGGGAGGCGGGAUACGAACGUGCCCGGGGAGGCAUAUUGCGGAGUUGGUUAUGCACAAGGUGGUCUCUACAUUGAUAAAGGAGUUUGACUUGAAGAUUACCACGUUACCAGAGGAGAGCGAGAUGCCGUGUUACUUUAUGGCGAUGAUGACGGGGGUAAAGGCAAGGUUUUUACCUGCGAUGAAAAAUGGCGGUUGUAUAUAA